UUGUGUUCAAUAACUAGCGACCUUGCCAACACAAUUGUAUUGUGUAUUGCUUUGUAUUGCACUCUGGUUGACCUGAAAAACGUACACAAAAGAUGUGGCCUUCAACUUGUUAUUCAGCCAGCGUAAUUUUAUGCGAGCUACUCUCGUUGCUGUUGAUGAUGCGUUACUAGUGUGUAUAUAUGACAAACAAACAUGGCGUUUGACUGCAUUGAGAAGGGUUUACGGUCAUUUUUCUUCAACUAUGGCGGUUUCAUCGCCAAACACCCAUUCCCGUUUCUACUUCUGCCGUUGGUUCUUAGCGGAGCCCUCGGUGCUGGUUUGGUGUUCCUUAUCGAGGAGCAGAGUGUCGAGAAUUUAUACACACCGGAGAAUGGGCAGGCGAAAACAGACCGGGCAACUGUGGAAGAGCUUUUUGCAGAACAUGGCGACAACAACACCUUGGUUACUCGUCUGACGAGGCUUGGACGAUCGGGGAAAAUAAUCAUAGAAAGGAUUGACGGUGGAAACAUUCUCAACAAGGCUGUCUUGGAAGAGAUUCUUAAUCUGCAUGAGACAAUCAUGAACAUAAGUGUCAUGCAGAACGGUCAGGCGUAUAACUUUAGCGAUCUCUGCGUCAAAUGGAAUGAUGGUUGUAAUGAGAAUGCGAUACUGUCUACUUACGACUACAACGCAUCCAUGUUGGAUUCGAUCACCCUGACUUAUCCUAUCUACAGUUCAAACAAUGAGGUUUCAUUCCUUGGUGGAGAGCUGGGAGGAGUGGUGUUCAAAUCAGGUUCAUCUGAUGAGGUCUUUUCAGCAGAGGUCAUGCAGUUAUCUUACAUCUUACGGCAUCAAGACAGCAUGGAUGACCAACGAAGUGCUCUAUGGGAGGACGAGUUUCUUCAAGUUGUUGAAGCCUUCAACGCAACUGAGAUAAGAGUCACUCGCCAGGUAUCCAGUACUCUUGAGACAGAGUUAGAUAAAGCCAGCUCCAAUGUCAUCAAAGACUUUAGUAUCACCUUUACUUUGCUGAUUACCUUCAGCAUUUGUUCCUGUGUGAUGUUGGACUGGGUACGGAGCAAGCCUUGGUUGGCCGGUUGUGGGGUGAUAUCAGCCGGCCUAGCUGUGCUCUCAUCGUUCGGUCUCAUGGGUUACAUCGGAGUACCUUACAUUAAUGUGGUGGGAUCGGCACCAUUUCUUAUUCUUGGUAUCGGAGUAGACGACAUGUUCAUCAUGGUUGCUGCCUGGCGACAGACUGACGUCAGACUGACCGUGGAACAGCGCAUGCGCCAUGCCUUCUCAGAGGCCGCUAUGUCGAUAACCAUCACGUCCAUCACAGAUGCUUUGGCUUUCGGAAUUGGCGCCAUAACGUACUUCAGAUCUGUGCGUAUAUUCUGUAUGUAUACCGGUGUGGCUGUCAUCUUUGACUACGCGUACCAGAUUACUUUCUUCGGUGCUUGCAUGGCUCUGUUUGGUAGACGUGAGGCGGCGAACAGACACUGCAUGUCAUGUAUUAAAGUCAAACCCAAGGAGGAGACCAACUCUACGGCGUACAAGAUAUUCUGCGCAGGUGGGUCAAAACCAUCAGCCGACCAAGGAGGGGACUUCAACGAUCAUGCCUUGAUGACAUUCUUCAAGAAGUAUUACGGCCCCUUUAUCACAAGAUGGUGGAUGGUAAUUCUUAUCAUAGUCUUAUACCUUGGCUACCUGGGUGCCGCCAUCUAUGGAUGUACCCAGGUACAAGAAGGUCUUAGUCUACGCAACCUCGCCCGAGAUAACUCAUACGCUGCUAACUUUCUAGAUACGGAAAGUGUCUACUUCAAGAAGUAUGGUCCGCAGGUUGCAUUGGUGUUCACCGAGAGAAGAGACGUCUGGAAUCCCAUAGUACAAGACAUCAUGGAACAGACUUUAGCAAAAGUUGAAAAUAACAAGUAUACGUUCAGUGAAGACCAGAAUUUGUCUGCUUCGUGGCUUAGAGACUACCUCGAUUUUCUGAACUCAAUCAACCUCAGAGAACCAACCCAGGCCCAAUUCGUGGACACACUCAGAGACGUGUUCCUCACCCAGCCAGCCUUCGAACAUUACUCUCUCGAUAUCGUUUUCAAUGGAACCAACAUUGAGGCCUCGAGAUUCUUCGUCGCAACGAAAGAUUUGGACACCACCGAUAAAGAAAGAUUCAUGAUGACUGAGCUGAGACAAAUCGCAGAGGAUUCAGAGCUGCCUGCCAUAGUCUACCACCCAGCUUUCAUCUUCUACGAUCAAUACACAGCAAUCUUGCCCAACACGCUGCAAAACAUGGGUAUCGCGGUCGGUGCUAUGUUGAUUAUAGCUUUACUCAUGAUCCCGAACCCCAUCUGUUCUAUCCUCGUUACUCUAGCUGUAGCCUCUAUCGUUACAGGGGUGAUUGGGUACAUGACCUUCUGGCAAGUCAACCUCGAUUCCAUCGCCAUGACUAACCUCAUUCUCUGCAUAGGGUUUAGUGUGGACUUCUCAGCACACAUCUGCUACGCAUACAUCGUAGCAAACCGAGGUUCACGUCAGGCCAACAUCAUCCAUGCUCUGUACUCCAUCGGCAUGCCCAUCGUACAGGGUUCCCUCUCUACCAUACUCGGCGUCUUAGUCCUCGCCUUCACAGACUCUUACAUCUUCCGAACCUUCUUCAAGACUAUGUUUCUUGUCAUUUCCAUCGGUGCCUUGCAUGGACUCCUUUUCAUCCCCGUUUUCCUCAAGCUCACAAUUCCCGUGAAGUCUCGCGUGGAAGAUUCCACGUCCGAAAUGAUCAUCGUGGAUGGUGUUCGGAUGAGGAGUCCUAAAAAGCACGGUGAGAUCAACACCGCGAUGUUCCCGGUCCCAGUCGACCGUCAACCAAAGCCGGCCUACGGUUCCUCCCAGGUGGCUCUCAGGCCGGUCUCUGUACCCUACUCCAUCAGUAGCCGUAACAGCAUGGCCGCAAACACCCCGUUGCCCCCGAGUCUUCCGUCACCUGAACAAGAUUACCUGCGAGAUUUGGGUAGUGUUGGGUCUUUCCACAUCCCCAGAGCUAGGCCCAUGUCAGCGCAAAGCAUGCGUCAAGACGGUUUUUCAUAAACCCCCCCCCCCCCCAAAAAAAAAAAAAAAAAAAAAAAAAAAA